AGAGAGAGAGAGAGAGAGAUCCCAAGCCUCGCGGAGCUCGAGACCUCCUUCGCCAAGCCUCGCGAUGGCAGGCCCGCAGCCCUCGCGAGGUCAGGCGGAGCAGGAAGAGCGGGCGUCUGCUGCGCUCGCCCAGGCGGACCCUGCGGCGCUUGGCUGUUCUGCAGUCUAGAGGCAUUAUGUACUCAGAGUGGAGGUCCCUCCACCUCGUAAUCCAGAAUGAUAAGGGCCACACCAGUGUACUUCACAGCUACCCUGACAGCGUGGGCAGGGAGGUGGCCAACGCUGUGGUCCGUCCCCUCGGUCAAGUCCUGAAUGCUGGAGGCGAAAGUUCAUUGAAAACCGACAAAGAAGUAAAAUGGACCAUGGAGGUGGUUUGUUAUGGAUUGACCCUUCCUUUAGAUGGAGACACUGUAAAGCACUGUGUUGAUGUAUAUACAGACUGGAUUAUGGCUCUCGUUUUACCCAAGGACUCCAUUCCUCUACCUGUUAUCAACGAACCAAAUCUUUAUGUUCAGAGUAUUCUCAAACAUCUACAAAAUCUUUUUGUACCAAGGCAGGAUCAAAGCUCCAAUCAAAUUAAAUUGUGUUUGCAAGUUUUGAAAGCUGUACAGAAAUUGGCUCGUGAAUCAACCACUAUGGCUAGAGAAACAUGGGAGGUGCUAUUAUUGUUUCUGCUGCAAAUUAAUGAUAUUCUGCUGGCAGCUCCAACAGUACCAGGUGGUAUUGCUGAGAAUCUGGCUGAGAAGUUGAUUGGUGUGCUUUUUGAAGUUUGGUUACUAGCCUGUUCCCGUUGCUUCCCCACACCACCCUACUGGAAAACUGCCAAAGAGAUGGUAGCAAACUGGAGGCAUCAUUCUGCAGUAGUAGAGCAAUGGAGCAAAGUAAUCUGUGCCCUUACUGCGAGAUUGUUACGUUUUACAUAUGGACAGUCAUUUCCACCUUUUAAAAUACCUGAUGAAGAUGCAAGUCUGAUACCUCCUGAAAUGGAUAACGAGUGUAUUGGCCAAACCUGGUUUCGCUUUUUACAUAUGUUGAGCAAUCCUGUGGAUUUGAGUAAUCCAGCAAUUAUAAGCUCUACCCCCAAAUUUCAGGAACAGUUUCUAAAUGUGAGUGGAAUGGCUCAGGAAUUGAAUCAGUAUCCCUGCCUUAAACAUCUGCCUCAAAUAUUCUUUCGUGCUAUGCGUGGGAUCAGCUGCUUAGUGGAUGCGUUCUUAGGUAUUUCAAGGCCUCGAGCAGAUAGUGCUCCACCCACCCCAGUAAAUAGACUGAGCAUGCCACAAACUACUGCGGUCAACACAACACCACCUCACAACCGAAGGCAUCGUGCUGUAACUGUGAAUAAGGGAACAGUGAAAAACAGCACAGCUAGCACUGGCCAUGCUUCCAAAGUGCAACAUCAGCCAUCCUCAUCUUCUCCACUAUCCAGCCCAAACCAGACAUGUUCUGAGCCUCGACCUCUCCCUGCUCCCCACAGGCCAAAGGUUAACAGCAUCUUGAACCUCUUUGGAUCAUGGCUAUUUGAUGCAGCAUUUGUUCAUUGUAAGCUUCAUAAUGGACUGAACAGAGACAGCAGUAUGACUGCAUCUUUUAUCCAAAUUCUUCUUUCUUAUAAAUCUUCUAUAGCAACACAAGCUAGUGUGGAGUUUCGCCGGAAAGGAUCGCAAAUGUCCGCUGACACUAUGGCCUCCAAUCCCAUGUUUGAUGCAGGCGAAUUUUCAGACAACUAUGAAGCAGGCAGAGCAGAAGCCUGUGGAACCCUUUGUAGGAUAUUUUGUAGCAAGAAGACUGGGGAAGAUAUAUUGCCAGCCUACCUAUCCCGAUUUUACAUGCUGUUAAUUCAGGGUUUGCAGAUAGCAGAUUCCAUUUGCCACCCAGUUCUUGCUAGUAUUAUUCUGAACUCCCCUGCAUUGUUCUGCUGUGACUUGAAAGGGAUUGAUGUCUUAGUUCCUUAUUUCAUUUCAGCACUUGAAACUAUUUUGCCUGACAGGGAACUCUCAAAAUUUAAAACAUAUGUAAAUCCCACAGAACUAAGAAGGGCCUCUAUCAAUAUUUUACUCUCCUUGUUGCCUCUUCCUCAUCAUUUUGGAAUAAUAAAAUCAGAGGUUGUUCUGGAAGGAAAAUUCAGCAAUGACGACAGUUCAUCGUAUGAUAAGCCAGUAACUUUCCUCUCCUUGAAGCUGAGGCUUGUGAAUAUACUAAUAGGAGCGCUACAAACAGAAACAGAUCCCAACAACACACAGAUGAUACUAGGUGCGAUGCUGAACAUUGUGCAAGACUCAGCACUUCUAGAAGCCACUGGUUGCCAGAUGGAGACAAACGGAGGUGAGAAUAUGGUCUCAAAAAGCCACAGCCGCACCAACAGUGGCAUUAGUACAGCAAGUGGAGGCAGCACUGAGCCCACUACGCCUGACAGUGAGAGACCAGCACAGGCUCUCCUAAGGGAUUAUGCUCUUCAUACAGAUACAGCAGCUGGGCUCCUGAUCCGCAGCAUUCAUUUGGUAACACAAAGACUCAACGCUCAGUGGAGGCAGGAAAUGAGCAUAUCACUGGCUGCAUUAGAGCUUCUGUCUGGUUUGGCAAAGGUGAAGGUUGGCGUUGAUUCUUCUGACAGGAAGAGAGCAAUUAGUUCUGUCUGCUCUUACAUUGUGUACCAAUGUAGCCGCCCAGCCCCUCUCCAUUCGAGAGAUCUUCACUCCAUGAUAGUAGCAGCAUUUCAGUGUCUCUGUGCCUGGCUUACUGAACACCCAGACAUGCUUGAUGAAAAGGACUGUUUAAAAGAAGUGUUGGAGAUUGUGGAAUUGGGUAUCUCAGGAAGUAAAUCCAGAAAUAGUGAACAAGAGAUCAAGUACAAAGGGGACAAGGAGCCAAAUCCUGCUUCCAUGAGGGUAAAGGAUGCAGCUGAAGCUACCCUGACGUGCAUCAUGCAAAUACUUGGAGCUUUUCCUUCGCCCAGUGGUCCUGCCUCCCCUUGUAGCUUAGUGAAUGAGACCACCUUAAUCAAAUAUUCCCGCCUGCCUUCCAUAAACAAAUUCAGCUUUCGCUACUUUGUCCUGGACAACAGUGUCAUCCUUGCAAUGUUGGAACAACCUCUCGGAAAUGAGCAAAAUGAUUUUUUCCCUUCAGUCACAAUUCUGAUUCGUGGGAUGUCUGGAAGGCACGCAUGGGCCCAGCAGCUCUGCCUUUUGCCAAGAGGAGCCAAAGCAAACCAAAAGACAUUUGUUCCAGAGCCUCGUCCUGCACCUAAGAAUGAUGUUGGUUUGAAAUAUAGUGUGAAACACCGUCCAUUUCCAGAGGAAGUAGACAAGAUUCCUUUUGUGAAAGCAGACCUGAGCAUCCCAGACUUGCACGAAAUAGUUACUGAGGAGCUGGAGGAGAAGCAUGAGAAACUGAGAAUUGGUAUGGAUAAGCAAGUUCUUUAUGAGAAGUCUAUAGAUCAGCAGAUGGAAGAAGACUGGAGAAAGAAGAACUUCCCCGAUCCUGUCACGGAGUGUAAGCCUCCAUCUCCUGCGCAGGAGUUCCAGACGGCCCGCCUCUUCCUCUCCCACUUCGGAUUUCUGUCACUAGAAGCACUGAAGGAACCUGCUAACAGCAGACUACCUCCUCACCUGAUUGCACUUGAUUCUUCUUUGCCUGGUUUUUUUGAUGACAUUGGUUACUUGGAUUUGUUGCCAUGUCGUCCUUUCGAUACAGUUUUCAUUUUCUAUAUGAAGGCAGGCCAAAAAACAAGCCAAGAAAUUUUGAAGAAUGUAGAGUCUUCCAGAAAUGUACAGCCGCACUUCCUAGAGUUCUUGCUCUCUCUUGGAUGGUCAGUUGAUGUCGGAAAGCACCCUGGAUGGACAGGGCAUGUUUCAACUAGCUGGUCCAUUAACAGCUUCUGUGAUGAUGAGGGAUCUGAGCAAGAUGAAAUCAUCUCUUCAGAAGACAUUGGGGCCAGUCUCUUUAAUGGACAGAAAAAAGCACUCUAUUAUGCAGAUGCUCUUACAGAGAUAGCAUUUGUAGUUCCCUCCCCUGUGGAGUCCUUAACAGAUUCGCUGGAAAGCAAUGCCUCAGACCAGGAAAGUGACACCAGUAUGGAUCUCCUACCUGGAAUACUAAAGCAGCCAGCGCUGACACUUGAGCUCUUCCCCAAUCAUACAGAUAAUUUUAGCUCUUCUCAAAGGCUCAGCCCAACUUCCAGAUCGAAGAAGUUGCCACAGGGCCGGGCUGUUCCCCCUCUGGGACCUGAAACCAAGGUGUAUGUGGUUUGGGUUGAACGUUAUGAUGAUAUAGAGAACUUCCCCCUCUCUGACUUGGUUUCAGAGACAAGUACUGGAGUAGAAACCACAACAAAUAGCAGCACUUCAUUAAGAUCCGCUACUCCUGAAAAAGAAGUUGCAGUGAUUUUCAUCCAUCCUCUAAACACAGGAUUAUUCAGGGUAAAAGUGCAAGGAGCUACUGGGAAAUUCAGCAUGGUCAUCCCACUGGUGGAUGGGAUGAUCGUUAGUAGGAGAGCUUUAGGUUUCUUAGUGAGACAAACAGUAAUAAAUAUUUGUCGAAGAAAAAGGCUGGAAAGUGAUUCAUACAAUCCCCCUCAUGUCCGUCGAAAACAGAAAAUAGCUGACAUUGUCAAUAAAUACAGGAACAAACAGCUGGAACCAGAGUUUUAUACUUCACUUUUCCAGGAGGUUGGACUUAACAACUGCAAUCCUUAGACCAUGUUGACUCUGAACAGUUAGAUCAGAACUUGGUAUCUACAGUAUUGAGAAUACCUUCCUUAUCUUGGAUCUCCUGUAUAAAGUUACCACAACCUAAGCAUGACUUCUGCUUCUGUUGCAAGGGAGCCAAGAAGACACACUAUAGUCUCCUGCUCUGCAAGCCCUUUGACUACAGCUUCACACCAUCACUGCUGCAGAAACAAGCUUUCGUCAGCAUUUAUUAUAUAGUAGUGAGCAGAGGAAUAUAUAGCGGAGAGAGAGGGUUAACUGCACACCUUGUAGUUUUCAGUGUUUCCAUGGGGUCCCUGAUUUGGAACAGAGGAUUAACACCUGAAGGUCUGUACUUGGUAUCUGUAGAAGAUUCAGGAGCAAAUUCUUUCACAUCUCGUGAAACUGAAAUACAUUGUGUGACUGUUUUGUCUAUUUUUAUUUCCUACUUGUAAACAAGCCUGGUAUCAUUUUGUUUAGUUUUAAGACAGCGGUUUCCAUUUGGCUUUUUCUUCUCUCUGUCUGCAGACCCAAGAUGUAUGUUCAGUGAGCCUGUUACAGUAUUCACCUUUGAAAAUGCUGCCACACUGUACUUGUCCUGAGCUGUUGGCAGAGGAGGCAGAAGAGUAGACUGCACCUUUGGACCAAGGUUAAUCUUGGUUUGGGACAGGUGUGUGCCUGUCCAGCAGCAUCCCAUCUUAUGCACCCAUUUUAGAAAGAGGAGCAAGAGCCCUUUUCAUAAAGUAGGGGUUGUGGAAUAAGUCCCAUCUUGGCAUGUAAUGAUGGCAGUCUAGUUGCAAACAUCCACUAUGAAACCUGAACAAAAGAUAAUUGGGAUAGAAACAUUCAUUGAAGAACUGAACAGAACCUCCCUUACCAGUCCCACAUUUCAUCCAUUUGCUGUAAGUAAAGUGGUGGACUUAUUUAAAAAUCUUAAGUCUUGGAAGAAUAUGGUUAGCUAAUGUCAGGCCAUGAGGUUUGUACUUGAAAUGAUCAUCUGAGUCUGUCGUGUCAGUGAAAUUGUUUUAUCCUUUGUUUGUUCUUUUAUUAGUUGGCAAUAUAUCUGUCUGAAGUAGAUGUUAAAAGAGUUGUCAUUUCUUGGUCAAAACAGCUGGAAACUUAGCAGUCCCCCCUUCCCCAGCAGCACUUAAGUAAUAUAAAACAUGAAGUCAUACUCCUUUACAUUUCCAUGAUUUCUGUUUCAUUGGCUACUUUGUUCUGUAUUACAGAGUAUUAUAAGAGAGCAGAAUAGCAAUAAAUGCAGAGCUGCAAGUUUUUGAUGGUGACAGUCACAUUAACAUCUAGUUCUGGUUUUUAAUAAACAAUUAGAUACGGAGUUUUUUCUUAGUGUUAUUUACACAUAAAGAAAAAUAUUACUUUAACAGAACAUUUAGCAAACGCUGAUAAAAUCAAGCUGCAUGUUUGAUGUGUGGAGAUGUGUGGAGAGGAUUCAAAAAGAGCUAUACUGUAUACAUAAACUGCAACAAAGCUGAUAAAUGGGCGAGAAUAGUUAACUUUUAAUAUUGGACAGAAUUGAUACAUAUGCAGGUAACUAGUUAGUGUUUAUGUUUUAAUUUUGUAAUCUCUUCUAAUGCAGCACAAACUGUCCAUCUUUACUUGAGGAGCAAAUGGCCAGUUUUCUAAAGCAUCCCCCUCCCAGUGAUAGUAAUGUUGUUUUGUUUUCUAUAUAUCUAAAAUUAAUAAAUAUGGCAUUUUAAGUUUCUAUGCUUGAAUAACCUUUAUUGCAGUGGUUCUUAACCUGUGGGUCCCCAAGUGUUUUGGCCUACAACUCCCAGAAAUCCCAGUCAGUUUACCAGCUGUUAGGAUUUCUGGGAGUUGAAGGCCAAAACAUCUGGGGACCCACAGGUUGAGAACCACUUCUUUAUAGCAUCAGAGUGUGAAUGCCUGAUCUCUUGCUCUUAAUGACAACAUUUACAAUCUUUGCUUUCUGUUAAAUCCAGUCUUUCCUGUGUAUCCUAUAAAAUACUUGAAUGUGUGUGCUAGCUGUAUAACACACACAAAUCACAAGGGUGUUGGCUUAGACCAUUAUCUUUAUACAUUUUGCAUUGGUGUUUGCAUUGGAAAAUGAAUUGCCAUCAUAGCUGUAACUGCAAGGCCAUUCGUUUGUAUAAUGACCAAUGAUCUGCCAAACUAGCUAAAGUUAAACAGGUGGGAAGGGAAUUUGUUAAAUCUACAUUGGGGUUUUAAACUGGUCUAUAGCCAUGGCUAAAUUAGUUAUUCAAGACUAUAAAUAAAUUGUCAUUAACUAUAUCCUUUCAAAUUUAAUUAUCUGGCCUUCAAGAAGAAAUGCUAUUUGUAAAAUUGUGAUAGGACGUCAAAGAUUACUUGUGUAGAUUUCUUUUCCUCCAGGUGUUCCUUUCCAUUAUGCACAUCUGUUUCUCCAUGACUUGACCAGACUUCAUGCUUUGCUUGAAAUAGCCUUAAUUUAGUCUAUAUUUCAAUAAGUUCUCAGUUAGGAAUGAUGUUCUAAAUCCACAUUAUCCUAACUUCAAAUACGUAUUUACAUAUUUAAAUAUCCACCACACAGGUGGAUUCAGAAUUGAAUCCUAAAUUUGUAUGUGUUUACUACUUUUGACUCUGUUCAAAAAAUGUGGAGGUAAAUUGAGCAGUGAUCUCUUCAAAAAGCACUGAGUAAUUAAUGGAAAGGUGUAAGGGCUCACUUUCACUGUGUUCUCCCAGAUGUUGUAUAUGAUGUGAUUUUUCUGUACAGAUGCUGGUUGUCUGUUUUAUACAUAUGUAAAAGAGAAGGCUUCCAAAUGCACUGAUAACUUCGUCUCAUGUGUGCAGAGCUGUUGACCGACUUGACUGCAAUAAAAUGUUUUGUCUGGGCCUCUCUAAGCACAGUUGCAUUUGAAAAAUUGAUUCUUACUAUGUUAAAUGAGACUCAUAAGACAUAAAGCAGUCCUUGGCCUGGUGUUUUCCAAAUGUGUUGCACUGUUAAGUCCCCACUUCUCAAGACCAAAUGGCCACUGGCAUUCAGUCUAGGGAGCAGGAAAGUUGUAGAGGACACCAGGUUGAAGAAGGCUGGCAUAGAGGAAGCAUCAGGGGACUCUAUACAUUUCCAGCUCUUGUUUUGAAUAGCAUGCUGCAGGAUAAUUCAAAUGAUCAAGUUUGUAGAACAUACUUGCUUCAUACCAUUUACAUUGAUGGUUCAUCUGAUUAUUUUGUCUGGCUAUUUUAAUUACUAUGUAUUUUUUGUUUUCAUUUUCGUCUCUUGAAGAGAGACAAUAGGGCUAUGAACACUUACCCAAUCACUUUCUAUCAUAAAUAUUGUUAUGCUUGCAGUCCUCUUUAAAAGAGUAUUAUGCUGAUGAUAAAUCAAGGAAGUAAAAUGCCAUCUUUUUCAGAACUAUGAUAUGACAAGUGUCCAUUUUAGUAUCUUUAUAAUAAAGAGUUUCCAUUUAAGAAAUAUAAAGCACCUUUCUUAAGCAAAUCCUUCAAGGAUAAUAUAAAUGUAAACCAAAAAAUUUCAAAUGAGAAGAGAGAUGAAGGCAAUCAUGUAAGGAAAAGCAGUUGUUUUGUAUGGAGAGAUUUGUAAAGCAAUUGAAGGAAACAAAGCUUACUUCCAGUCCUCAGUACGAGCCCUAUUUAUUUCAGGAGGAAUGAAUAGGAAUGCCUUAAGGAUUGUGCUCCCCAUUAUUCAUAGUCACUUCCUGGCAGGGGGGUCUACAGCUGUCCUUCAGGGUCCAGGAUAUUUAGCCAAGGAGGAUUAUAGGACUAAUUCAACACAAAUAACUGAACAAAAAUACAACUGGCUCAGUGAUAGUUGCACAUUUCAAAGAAAAUCUCUUUGAAGGACAACUGGAUUCUGCAGGUGUGCUUAGAAGGAAGUGGCUGUAUACCAUGUGCUUGAAAUCAUGUACAAUUGUGUAUAAAGUUCUGUAUGUUGCCAAGACAUGAUCUUUUUGUUCUUACUGUAUUUUCUGUAAAUAUUCCUAGCAUUAAGUUGUAAAGGCAGACUGUAAAUACAAAGAUGUGAAGCUACGUUCCUCUGUCUCUAGUACUUUAUCUCUCUUAGGGAAGGCACAAAGACUUGUUUGUAAUUAUGCCAACCCUUUGCCCUGAAAAAAACACAUCAGAUAAUGAAUGUAACACAACACAACUAGUCAAAUAAAUUUUAAAGAUAUUCUUAUGUA